AUUCUUGGUCUUUUACGGGUUUCAUUUUUGUAUACUGGACUCUUCUUGCAUGACAUUUAUUUUUUAUAUGUUUGUAGUUUGUGUUUGUUUUUUGUAAGAUGUGGAAUUUAAAACUGUUUCUAUCCUCUUUGUUAGUUUUAUUAGUAGUGAAUGUUUUGAGUGUUCAUUCCAGUGUAAAUGGUAUUACAAGACACAAUGUAAAAUCGUACACAGACAAUCAGAGAUUUCUUAUCGUUUUUAUUGAUUCGAGAUCUUGCACGCGGUGUAAAAACAUCUAUAAAAAUUUUGUAGCCGCUUCCCAAUCUUUCGAGGGUGACAAGGACAUUUAUUUUGGUAAAACGACGGAUUUAGUUUUAAUCAAGAGAUGGGAUAUACAAGAAUUACCAGCUGUUGUUUAUUUUCCAAUGGGAGUCGAAGAACCUGCUUUGAUGGAAGGUGACUGUACGGUAGAUAACAUACUAGAUCAUAUAGCUUUCAUAAUGAAAGGAGAUUUUACAGAUAUAAAGAAAAAUUACCACGUUGAUAUUACGGAAGAUAAUUUUGAAGAACUCAUCAUGAAUCCAGUUCAACAUGCUAUUUUACUUAUAUAUGAUCAAUAUCAUGAAGAACAGAAAGUUACUGUUAGUGAAGUUGCCAAAACAUUUAGAGAAGAUGAUGACGUUGUAAUAGCUACCUUAGAUGCUGAUAAAUACAAAGCUUUCCGUGAUAAACAAUUUAAGUUUGUUGGUGCUCCGCUUUUAUACUGGUAUCCUAUUGAUGAUAAGUUUAAUAGCAAGAGGUUUGGUGGAGAUUUAACAAGUGAUGUUAUUUUAAAUUUUAUCAAUGAAGAGACGAAUUCGUGGAGGAAUAAAGAUGGCACAUUUAUGUUGCGGUCUGGCAGAUAUCCCACUCUUGAUCGAAUCAUCGAUAACAAUUUAGGAGCUAUAGCACGUGUUGAUGUAGAGAAAUUAGAUGAGAUAAUUGAAGAGAUUUCAAAAGCAGUUGAUAAUUUAUAUUCAAAUGAGAAAGAAUUUGGUCAAUUCUACAUUUAUCUUCUACAACAAAUACAACUGAAGAAAACAACCAAAGCUUUAUCAACGGAAACUGAUGUUAUAUUUAAAGAAAUGGAAAAUCUAGAUUUGUUUAACCGAAGGAGAGAUACUUUGAUCCGAAAACAUCAUAUUUUGGAUUAUAUAGUAACAAACAUUGGUGAUUACAUUAUCAGUAAUCCUAAUUUCAAGAAGGAAAAAUCUACGGCUAAAAAGAAGACAUCGGGUGUACCAGACCAUCAUGAAUUAUAACAACAUUAUUUUAUAGUAUUUACAAUCUUGAUCCAUUUCAUAUCUUAAUUUCUGGAUUGAAGAUAUUUAACAUUUUCAGCUUUUAAUUAACAAAGACUGGUUAAUUUUAACAAACUUAUGUAAAAGAAUAUUGGCACAUUAUCUUAAUCUGGAAUCUAACGAUAAAUAAUGAACAAUAUAAGCAUAUAUUUUGAUAAAACUUACAUCAGCAGUAUGUAAGAUUAGGUCAUUGUGUUGCAUUAUUAAUAUUAUUUAGAGAAACAUAUAAACUCGUAAAUAUGAAGUGGAAGUAGAGCUAUGGUUAGAUAAUAAAUAUGUACUUAUAUUACUGUAAAAUUAGGCAUUUGUACUUAGAAAUGGCAAUAAAAUGUCAAUUAUUAAAUUUA